ACAUUUUUCACCCUCAAUGUAAACCCACCCACCCAUCGUCAUCGAGCCACUGAUCGGAGAGCAACAUCGGCGACUGUUGACUCCAUCUCCAUCGCUCACCAUAAAACACAACUUACAAUUGAGCAAUGCAGUUCUUCGGAGGCUCCGAGAUCAGUCCAUCACCGCCGGUACCGACGGCAUCCGGCAACAAUGCGCAUAUGAUGUACAUCUUCAACAGAAACGGCGUUUGUUUGCUUUACCGCGAGUGGAAUCGACCUCUGCGUACACUCAAUUCCAAUCAGGAUCAUAAACUCAUGUUCGGUCUCCUUUUUUCACUCAAAUCCCUAACCGCUAAAAUGGAUCCAUCUAGUGCUGAAAAGGGGAAUCUUGGGGUGCCUCAGUUACCUGGACAAGGUUGUUCGUUUCACAGCUUUCGUACUAAUACUUACAAGUUGAGUUUCAUGGAAAGUCCGUCAGGGAUAAAGAUCAUCCUUGUCACGCAUCCCAAAGCUAGUGAUCUGAGAGAUUCUUUGAAAUACAUUUACAAUCUGUAUGUUGAGUAUGUUGUGAAGAAUCCACUGUACACUCCAGGAACACCAAUCAGAAGCGAGUUAUUCAACACAACUCUUGACCAAUACGUGCGAGGUCUCGGAUAAUUUGGUAAGGAUUCAUGAGUUAGAAUGAAGUUGUUUUGGACGAUAAUGAUAUGUUUUUACAAUCCAAUUCGGGAGCAGGUGAAAGAAACAUUUGGUAUACAAGGGUUGACAUGCUGCUGAUCUCUAAACCUGCUUCUGAGAUAUUAUUAUUAUGUGAUGCAUCAUUUGAACUAUUUUCUCCUAAAGGGUAUAGAGUUGCUUCUUUUAUCUGUUUGAUACUUGAUAAAUGUAUUCAUGCAUAACACAGUUACCUGUUCGAUAUUGUUAUUGCUUUAAAAGACAGAUUAAUGUAUAAUGGAUGCUAGAUGGUUAAAUGUUCUUCCCAUGCGUACGUACU